AUGCCUACUAAGCGUCCUUCAUUGGUCACUCAGAAAGGGCCGAAUUCAUUCAAAAAACCAAGAGGUAACCAUGAUGAUACCCCGGAGCCUUCGAAGUUCGAGCAGGAAUUAAUGUUGUUGGAUGAUAUUGAAACUGAAGAUAUAGCUUUAGUAGACGAAAGUUCUGCUUUAUCUCAUUUGGACUUUCUGACAAAUUCGCAUUGGCCAAGACGUAAACUAGAAAAGUUGGAUCCGAAAAAGGACAAUAUUAUUUUUCAGCAAUUUGAUGUGUCACAUUAUAAGGUUAGAUUUAUCAAUCAUAAUCAUCAUUUUUUUCCUUCCGUAGAUAUAUAUGGUUAUCAUGGGAAAAACAGUAUACCAUUUCUUCGUAUAACUUUAGCACUGCCACGUUUAAUUGCACCAGCUAAACGUAUAUUAGAUAAUGGUAUAUCAUUUGCUGAUUACUCAUUACAGUCCUAUCCUGCAUUUGAAGCCAAUAUUGACUUUGAAAUACGUUUUAUGACUGAUACACAAAUGACUGGAUGUAGUUGGAUUGAAGCACCAGCAAAUCAAUAUUAUUUAAGAGAUUCAACAUACAAAUUAGAUGAAAUGAAAAAACAAACUACUACCAAUCAAAAAUCUCAUCAUCAUACUACUAAUACAAAUGGUAGUAGUAUUGUACAAAAUGGUGCAAAAAAUAAUGAUCAAUCGAAAUUGGCAACUAGUCAAACAAGAUGUCAAAUUGAAUUUGAUAUAGCAUGGGAUGUUUUGAUUGUUCAUGCACCAGAAGGUCAAUGGAGUAAUAUUGCACCAUUACGUAUAUUAAGUUUUGAUAUUGAAUGUGCCAGUCGUAAAGGUAUUUUCCCUGUACCAGAUAAAGAUCCAGUUAUACAGAUUGCUAAUAUGGUUAUUAAUUAUGGUGAAACAACUCCAUUUAUACGUAAUGUAUUCACAUUGAAUACAUGUGCACCGAUUGUUGGUUCACAAGUGAUUUCUUAUAAAACAGAAGAAGAAUUAUUAGCUAAUUGGUCAAUGUUUAUACGUGAAGUUGAUCCAGAUAUUAUCACUGGUUAUAAUAUACAAAAUUUCGAUUUACCUUAUCUGAUUAAUCGUGCACAUGCAUUGAAAGUUGAUGGUUUUGAAUUUCUUGGACGUAUACGUGGUUCACGUUCCACUGUACGUGAAGCUAUGACACAAUCAAAACAAAUGGGUCGUCGAGAGAAUAAAUUUGUAAAUAUUGAUGGACGUGUACAAUUAGAUCUAUUACAGAUCUUAUUUCGUGAUUAUAAACUACGCAGUUAUACAUUGAAUGCUGUGAGUUAUCAUUUUCUUGAAGAACAAAAAGAAGAUGUUCAUCAUAAUGUUAUCACGGAGCUACAAAAUGGUGAUAUGCAAACACGUCGACGUUUAGCUGUUUAUUGUUUAAAAGAUGCAUAUUUACCAUUACGUUUAUUGGAUAAAUUAAUGUGUAUUGUAAAUAAUAUUGAAAUGGCUCGAGUUACUGGUGUCCCGCUGACUUAUUUACUUACACGUGGUCAACAAGUCAAGGUUGUAUCACAAUUAUUACGUAAAGCUCAUGAACAUGGUUACCUAUUGCCAACAUAUCAAUCACAACAAGGUGAUGAAUUUGUCGGUGCCACUGUACUAGAACCACGUAAAGGUUUUUAUGAUGAACCUAUAGCGACAUUAGAUUUUGCUAGUUUAUAUCCAAGUAUUAUGAUGGCCUAUAAUUUAUGUUAUACAACAUUAUUACAAGUUAAUACAACAGCAGGUUGUGGUGGCGGCGUCAGCGGCGGCGGCGGUCUUCAAGCAUUAAUGGAACGUUAUGAAUUAACAGAAGAAGAUUUUCAUCGAACACCAACUGGAGCAUAUUUUGUCAAAUCACAUGUGUGUCAUGGUAUUCUACCGGAAAUUUUAGAACAAUUAUUAAGUGCUAGGAAAAAAGCUAAAGCAGAACUUGCCAAAGAAACUGAUCCAUUACGUAAACGUGUUUUAGAUGGACGUCAGCUGGCAUUAAAAAUUAGUGCAAAUUCUGUAUAUGGAUUUACUGGUGCCCAAGUUGGCAAGUUGCCAUGUUUAGAAAUCUCAGCAUCAGUUACUUCGUAUGGACGUUUAAUGAUUGAACAAACGAAAUUACAUGUUGAACAAAAAUUUACGAUUUCCAAUGGUUAUAAACAUGAUGCUGUGGUUAUUUAUGGUGAUACUGAUUCAGUAAUGUGUAAAUUUGGUGUAUCCACUGUAGCAGAAGCUAUGGAAUUAGGUCGUAAAGCCGCGGAAAUUAUCUCUGAAGAAUUCCCGAAACCAAUUCGAUUAGAAUUUGAAAAGGUAUACUGUCCAUAUUUAUUGAUUAAUAAGAAACGUUAUGCUGGUUUAUAUUUUACUAAACCAGAUCGACAUGAUAAAAUGGAUUGUAAAGGUAUUGAAACUGUACGUCGUGAUAAUAGUCCAUUGGUUGCGAAUUUAAUCAAUGCAUGCCUAGAGCGGAUAUUAAUUGAUCGUGAUCCAAACUCAGCGCUUACUUAUGCUCAAUCAAUCAUAUCAGAUUUAUUAUGCAAUCGUAUUGAUAUAUCACAAUUGGUAAUUAGUAAAGAAUUAACUAAAACCGAUGAAGAGUACACAGGGAAGCAAGCACAUGUUGAAUUAGCCAUGAAAAUGCGUAAACGUGAUCCAGGCUCAGCACCAAAUCUCGGUGAUCGUGUACCAUAUGUAAUAACAGCGGUCGGUGGAAAAAACACUGCAGCUUAUGCAAAAGCUGAAGAUCCUUUGUAUGUAUUAGAGCAUAAUAUACCGAUUGAUACAAAAUAUUAUUUAGAAAAUCAAUUAGCUAAUCCACUGUUGCGUAUAUUUGAACCAAUUCUAGGUGAAUUGAAAGCUAAAUCAAUAUUGUUAAAUGGUGAACAUACACGUGUAAAAUCUGUGGUACAUUCUACAGUUGGACAAUUAUCAGCUUUUACAAAAGUACGUGCAUCUUGCAUUGGUUGUCGAACAAUAUUGCCCGCCGAUAAAGCAGACUCAGCUGUAUGUAAAUAUUGUGAAUCACGUAAAUCAGAAAUUUAUCAAAAAGAAAUGGUACAUUUAAAUUUAUUAGAACAAAAAUUCACAUCAUUAUGGACUGAAUGUCAACGUUGUCAACAUAGUAUACAUGAAGAAGUUAUAUGUACUAGUCGAGAUUGUCCAAUAUUUUAUAUGCGAAUGAAAUCACGUAAAGAUGUCGAUGAAGCUUAUAAAACAAUUGAACGUUUUGGUAAUCCGAAUUGGUAAUCAAUUCAUUAUGUAACAGACAACAACAAUAGCAAUAACUACAACACCGUCACAUCUAUCUAUCUAUCUAUGUGUAUAUGCAGCUAACGAGUUGCCACACCUUUCUUGUUAUAUUCUCGUCGUUUAUUAUUAGUAGUAUUAUUAAGUAGUAGUAGUUGUUGUAUUAUUCAUGACUAUUACGCAUUUUCUCAUUGAGAUUGGGGUAUUUUGUUUUGUUCCCGCAGAGUAUUUUUAUUUUUUU